GUUUUCAAAACGUGCUGUUGCGACAACAAUCUUGCAGAAAUUUCCUUGUAGAUUGCGUAAUAUUUCUCCUGUAUAUAAAAGUAUGUUCGCUGUAAUGUAAAUCAUUGGAGGCGGUACCGAGCUGGUGGACAGUUUACAUUAUAACACCGUGGCAAGCAGUAACGAUUGCUGAUGGAAAUUAAGUGUUGAAGACUGAAAUCAACUGGAGACAGCAUGUGAACUGUGCCUGAGCAUUUCAUACCACAACUGAUGUUGCAGUUUUAGGAGGUUGCAAACCUAGUUGCUGUGUUGACCAGAAAUUAAAAGCAUUUCAAACAUCCUCAAAUCUUACUACAGAAUUACUUUAGACUUUAUAUUAGAAAUGUCGGAGUAUGAGAGCAUUCUGCAUAAGAUUGGUUCCUUUGGGCCAUAUCAAAGGCGUGUGUUUAUCUUGGUUAGUAUGUUCGAGACCCCAGCAGCCUGGGCCAUGCUACUUCCGAUAGUUCUUCAUGCCACUCCUGAUUGGGAAUGUCCAAUUUUUGGACACGGCAAUUCCUCAACCUUUAACCUGUCUGAAGCAAGUAAUUCCAGUUCAUUCACUGUCAACGAGUGUCUCCCCGACGGAAGUCAGUGUCCUGGACUACAGUUCACAGGGCCGUUCUCAUCUAUUGUCAGCGAGUGGCAGCUGGUCUGUGACAGAAAGAAUUUGACAAAAAUCAUCACUACGAUACAAAUGUGUGGUGUGUUGCUAGGAGCACUAAUCACAGGCCAGUUGGCGGACAUCUUUGGACGACGGAAAGUGUUAUACCUGACCUACAUAUUUAUGCUAGUUGUCUCCUUAAGUAGUGCCUUUGCUCCCUCCUGGCAGGUGUUUGCAGUUCUGCGAUUUUUCAUCGGUGGAUCAGUAGGAGGUGUGAUGGUUGUGAACUUUGUGCUGCCACUAGAGUUUGUGACUCCCAGCUGGCGGACAUUUUGUGGCUGUGUUGGGUUCUGGGCCAUAGGACUGAUGACUCUUGCUCUGUGGGGGUUUCUCAUACGUGACUGGAGGACCCUCGUCAUAGCAACAGCAGUCACUGGGGUACCCAUGCUGUUUUCAUGGAGCUUUGUAACAGAAAGUCCUCGCUGGUUGUUAACUAAAGGAAGGGUAGCUGAAGCUAAAGUUGAGGUCCAGAGGAUGGCAGCUUACAACAAGGUCACACUGUCGGAUGAGGAUUUGGAACAGCUAGACAUUUAUACAGAGAGAGAGAAGGAGUCCUUGAUAGAGAGGAAGAAGUAUAGUUAUCACGACAUAUUUAAAACCAGGACCAUGCUGAAAAACACACUCAUUGUUAUGUAUGGAUGGUUUGUGUCCAGCUCAGUGUACUAUGGUCUGAACUUUAACACCAGUAACCUCGCUGGUGACCUUUACAUCAACACAUUCAUAGCAGGUCUCGUAGAGAUCCCAGCUCUCGUUUACGUGAUCCUUGUCAACAACCGACUGGGGCGUCGCUGGACCAUAGCUUCCCUUAUGACCCUGGCUGGCAUUUCCUGCUUCGUCAUCCUCAUAAUAGAUCUCACAGGACAUAUGGAAUCCCUUCAGGUAUUAGUUAUUGUGUUUGCUAUGAUUGGAAAGUCUGGAAUAUCAGGAGGAUGGGCGGCCAUUCAGGUUUCAUCAGCUGAGAACUUUCCAACAAUAGUAAGAAAUCUAGGAAUUGGAGUCUGUUCCAUGGCAGCACGUAUUGGAGGCAUUGUGGCCCCACAGAUUAAUCAAUUGAAUUCUUAUUCCAAGGCGAUGCCUUUCACAGUGUUUGGAAGCCUUGCUCUACUUUGUGGAUUAUUGGUUCUGUUUUUGCCGGAGACAGCUGGCAAGCCUUUGCCUGAUAAUCUCAUACCCAAGAAAAACACUGGUAAAUUUCAGGAUACCGAGUUAACUGUCUCCUUAAAGAAUGGCCAUGCUUCUGCUGACGAAGAGAUUUCUCUCAAUCAAGUUUGACUUUGAAAUACAACAGAAACAAUUCUGCAUAUCUGUACAAAAUAAUUACCAAUAGCUAAUGCAAUGCUGUGCAAUGUGUGAGCAUAUGAACCAGAGAUAGUCGUCUUUAGAAGAGGCUCAUCCCGGUCUGAUAAUCCCAUAGUCAAGGGCAUCUUCACUAGCCAAGGGUUACGAUCCGGUACAAUCUGGUCUUCAAGAGUAGGUAGAUCGUACCGGAUGGUAACCCUUCGCUAGCGAAGAUGAGUCAAUGGAGUACAUUAGAAAAAUCUGUGAAUCUGGGGAUAUUGGUGAACACAGUCAAUAGCCCUGCUUCUGCUGAGGAGGUGAUAUCUCAUUAAUUGUUUGGGAAGUGAUUAUUAUGACCCAAACUUGUGUUCAGUACAACUUACAAAUACAAAUCUCUUUUCUUUUUGAAGUGAUUACAGAUUCAACAAAUCAAGUAAAAUAUUUUGACUAAUGCAUGACACAAUAGCAUUUACAAAUACAUGACUGAAUAGUGAAUUCCUUGUUAAGAAUUUACCGGCCAAUACAUGACUCUAUAUACAUACAGUGUAAAAUUUUAACAAUUCUGGUCUAAAUACCAUUCAAAUUCUUUACCAAUCAAUUUAUGAUUCAGUAUAAAAUAAUAACAAGUUAACCAGUGCACAUGUCUUUGUUAUGUACAGUAAGUGAGAAUAGUUAACUUAAUAUUAUCUAAAGAUUUUAGAAGAUUUCCAAUAAAGUACAUGACUCUAUACAUAUAUACCAUGUAACAAGUUCACCAAUACAUGACUCAAUACAAUGUGUCAAGUUUACCAACAAAUGGCUUAUACAAUGUAACAAGUUUACCAAUACAUGACUCAAUACAAUGUGUCAAGUUUACUUAUACAUGACUCAAUACAAUGUGUCAAGUUUACCAAUACAUGACUCAAUACAAUGUUACAAGUUUACCAAUACAUGACUCAAUACAAUGUGACAAGUUUACCAAUACACAACUCAAUACAAUGUAACGAGUUUACCAAUACAUGACUCAAUACAAUGUGUCAAGUUUACCAAUACACAACUCAAUACAAUGUGACAAGUUUACCAAUACACGACUCAAUACAAUGUGUCAAGUUUACUUAUACACGACUCAAUACAAUGUGUCAAGUUUACUUAUACAUGACUCAAUACAAUGUUACAAGUUUACCAAUACAUGACUCAAUACAAUGUAAGAAGUUUACCAAUACACGACUCAAUACGAUGUAACAAGUUUACCAAUACAUGACUCAAUACAAUGUAAGAAGUUUACCAAUACAUGACUUAAUACAAUGUAAGAAGUUAACUAAUACAUGACUCAUACAAUGUGUCAAGUUUACUAAUACAUGACUCAUACAAUGUAACAAGUUUACCAAAACAUGACUCAUACAAUGUAACAAGUUUACCAAUACAUGACUCGUACAAUGUGUCAAGUUUACUAAUACAUGACUCAAUACAAUGUAAAAAAUUUACCAAUACAUGACUCAAUACAAUGUAUCAGGUUUACCAACACAUGGAUUGAUACAAUGAAGAUAACAACUGAGCUUGUACAAACAAAUUUUUCCCAUGAUCAUCCCAGAGUUUGUUCAACAUCCCAUUGUCAAUUCUGUAACCUGUAAGUAGCACUGAUUGAAUUUGAACACAGCAUUCGUUGACAUUGUUUAAUAAAAAAAUGAAAAUUGUUCAUGUAUGAUAUGUGUUAUAUCCUGAUUUUGAUCUCAUAAAUAUCAUAAAUAGGACAUUUAAUGAUCAUGGAUUAUAUACAGGAAUGAGUGUGUUGCUUAUCAAUAUAUGAUUGACGACCAUUCCAUUACAAUACAAUUGUCCACUAAAGUGUUCAGGUGGUGCAUUGGAUAGCCACUCUUCUUUUCACCGUCAUUUAAAAUCGUAAUUAAAUAUUAAUAUAUACAAUAUUUAAUGGUUUCCUAUUAAAUACCAUAAAUAUUUCACUUGUUUGUCAGAGUUUACCAAUAUUUUUACUCAUGCUUUAAUUUGCACUCGUAAAAAAAUGAUAUUCUGCCAUACUCAAGAAAUUGAUGUGAUAUAUAACUGGAAACCAUUAAAUAUCCUCUAUUUAUAUAUAACUAUACCAUACCAUUUUCAGUUUUAUAACAUGUACCUACAUAGUACUGUCUGAUUAUGAGCUGAACAUUUGUAUUGAUAAUUGUUUUAUUUAUAGGUUCCUUUGUUAAAUUUACCAAUGUGUUCUAACUCAAUCACCCCUAAAGUCCCAUUUGAACCUUACCAAUUCAACGACUUGGCAGGUCCAGUGUAGAUAUGUAGGGGUGAAUGAGUUAAGAUGCAAUACUGUCUCUGUGUCGGUGAUAAUAGUGAACAGAUGGUGAGUCAAGUAGACGAUAUCAGUGUGGUUGUAGUGAAAGAGGAAGCAGUGGGUGUUUCUGCCAGAAUCGCCUCAGUAAGUCAGUAAGAUAGAAAUAAAUAGAAUCUUUGAUGUGAUGUUAAUGCAUAGCUGACUUGAUGUAACUGUACUGACAGUCUGACAUGAUGUCAUACAAUUGUGAUGAAUAAGGGAAUCCCCCCAAUCUCAACCCUAGGGUGAGACGAGGAUUUCGUUUACCCUGGACUGGUGUAUCUUCACUUUAACGGUUGUGAGGUUAAUAGAAUCUCUCGACCCCUUUGGGAUGAUAUAGGGGGAUUUCAACCCAAGGGGAAGAUACUCAAGUUGCCAAACACAAGGCUUUGGAGAGUGUUUGGCAACUUAAGAAUCUUUCCCCGAGGGUUGAGAUUCUGUUAUCUUUUACCCAGGACAGUUGUAUCCACACCUUACCCAUUGUAAGAUAUCCUUGUCUCACCCUAGGGUUGAGACGGGGGGAUUCCUCCAUCAAAACAAUCAGCACACACGCAGGCA